CCUUAGCCGUACAUUAUUGUCUCAAGUGAAAGAAACGUUAGAAAAAAAGAUGCUGUGUUGGAAAUUUUGUCUCAUGUGUUUUUAGAUUACAAGUUUCAAACAAAUGAAGAAAUCAAGGGACGGGCUGUUACUCUUUCUCAGUGACAAUGUCGUAUUAAGCAAGAAGAGAUUUUCAUUAGAAUAUGUAUCAGUGAGAAGUUUGUUUAUAUGUCAAAUCAGCGUCUUAUAACGACAAAUUUAAUCAUUUCUCGAAUUAUUGUAAAUGACUUAUUGAUAUGCUAAACGGCCAUGUCAAGAACAUAGGCGACCUAAGUUGACCUCAGUGUGUUUUCUUACUGAAUUUUAUAUGCGUGAGAAUUCCGUGUUUAGCCAGUAUGUGGUCAAAGAUGAAUCUAAGCCAACGACAGUUGGAAUUAUUUGUUAGUUUAUUCCUGUUAUUGAUAUCGUGUGUUAUGUCAACAAUUAACAUCAGCGAUUUCAACAAAAUCACAGAAAUCCAAAGCAUAGUUAGUCAGUCAAGACAGGUUUCGCCAAAGUACCGAUUUCGUGUUAAUAAGGUGGAUUCCUGUCCUUCAGCUAAUAACACGUGGUAUGAAGCUGGUGUUAGAUUAAACUGUUCCCAUGACGUCCACAACAGACUUCAGUACCUCUGUAUUCCUAAUCAGGAAAAGACAACUUUACUCGAGUUUUGUUACGACAAGAUUAUGGGUCUUUAUGAAAAAGGAAAAUGUCUACAUUUAUCAACAUCUGGGUUCGUAGAUCAAGAGGACUGUAGCAUGUUUUUCGAAGGAUGUCCAAAGAUCCCUUACUUUAGUAGCAAUAUUUUCAAGUUUCUGAAAUGCUUGGAUAUUAACCGAGACCUGAGAUGUUUUGUGGCAGAUCCGGAUUGUCAUUUUAGGAACAACCACAGUCUGCCGAAGAAUUGUAGUGUCAUGUCUGGAAGCUGCAAUUCUACCACAAUAGUACCUAAACCCGAACCAAAAGCAGACAAUUGGAAUAUUGGAAAGAUAAUGAUUCUUCUCAUGUCAAUCAUCGCUAUCCCUCCUAUAAUGAUUUGGUGUAUGGCAAAAUCUAUAAAAAAUAAAUCAUGA